UUUAAAAAUGAGGAACAAUACAGAACUCAUCUCAGAUUUCAACAUUACUCGUUCAUCGAAUAAGUUAAGAAUACUUAACACGAAUGAAAGUGGGUAUGGGCAUCAACAAAUCAGAAGUCCAGCCAUCUAUACCGUUAAAGACUUCUUCAUAGACAAAUAUAAAGUUAGCAACAAAGCCAAGAGAUCCACUCAGAGCAGUUUGAUGAAAAGAGGCACGAGGAGAAGGAAUAUUGCACUUGCAAGUAACCAAAAUGCUCUAGUAAAAUCAGAAGCAGGAGAGCGCCUAAAAAGUAAGAAUGAUAGAGACAGAUCACAUCAAGGAUUAAGCGAAGAGGCUUCUCUAAUACUAAAUGAAAGCUCCAGAUUCAAAGCUCGGAAAGUUCAGAAACAAGGUUUUAGAAUACUUUCCAAUGGUAAUGAAUCUGUGAUAACUUUUUCCAAGUUAUCAAGAGCAAAGAAGAGAUUGGCUUCACAACUAAUCAAGAAAGGACUUGACAAUAAGUUUUGAUGAGCCACUCCAAUGGUUAACACUGAUUUAAAUGAUAGUCCAGCAGUUAAAGUCAAAGACGAGAAUCCACCUAUCCAGCCUUCAAAGCAUGAUAUAUCUUUAGAAAUCGAGUUAGAUGUUUCUGACGUUCCUCAUAAGCCCAAAGAGCCUCCAAUAUUUGAAAAUAAAAUAAACUUAAAAACUCAGUCUGGGAACUCAUUCAGUCAGGCUUCUCUAGCUCCAAAGGUGAAGACUAGGACUAUUUUCAGCAAGAAGAACAAGAUCCGUAAAAAAUUUGCAAAGAUUAGGUCGUACAACAACCUUGAGAGAGACAAAUCAGAGCGGAUCAAGGUCAUGGAGAAGAAGAGAAGGCUAAUGAUUAAAAACUUGAAAAGAAUCCCCCAGAACGUGUCCAAACUUAAUAUUUCAGAGCCAGGCUUAGCUUCAUUUGAUUAUCUGAGGAAGGAGACAACCAAAUCGAAUUUGAAAGCACAGCUGGUGAACACAUCCAAACGAGUGAGAAGAGCCAAGAAAUAUUAGGCACAAAGAUUAGGAUGGGAGAAAAUCCAAUUGGGCCAUUGUCACAAGGUAGAUCAAGAGGUCUUGGAAAUGUAUCAGCUAAGCAAUAACGCUUUGGGAUAGAGUGUUGAUAAUAAUGUACUAUAUUCUAUUCAAAUCUUAGCUUACUCUAAUGGAAUGUACAUAAUAUAUCCGUGAUUUACAAUUU